AUGAGGAAUACUCUGGUUUUCUCGGGCUCAUCUUGCCCGCCCCUCACUGGCAAGAUAUGUGAGAACCUGGGUAUGGUUCCGGCUGAGGCCGAGCUGACACAAUUCUCAAAUGGAGAGACAAGCGUCCGGAUUCUGACCAGUGUCCGAGAGAAGGACGUCUUCGUGGUGCAGUCGGGAAGUCCCAAGAUCAACGACACCAUCAUGGAGCUUCUGAUUAUGAUCUCAGCCUGCAAGGGCGGCUCGGCAAACAAGAUCACUGCGGUCUUGCCCUACUUCCCCUACAACAGGCAAUCCAAGAAGAAGUCUCACCGUGGUGCGAUUACUGCUCGCAUGCUUGCCAACUUGAUGCACGUUGCUGGUGUCAAACAUGUCAUCACUGUUGAUCUCCACGCGUCCCAGAUGCAAGGCUUCUUCAAGUGCCCGGUCGACAAUCUACACGCCGAGCCGCUGAUUGCCCGUUGGGUGCGACAGAACAUUGCUGACUGGAGAGAUGCUGUGGUUGUUUCCAAGAACGCAGGCGGAACCAAGCGUGUCACAUCCUUGGCUGAUGCUUUGAAACUCAACUUUGGCAUUGUAACGACUGACCGCAAGCGUGCCGCUGGCAAUAUGACCGCCAGUCUGAUUAUGAACCAGCUGGACGGCCUGCCCACCGUGAUUAACGGAAGUCGCCAAACACAAGCAACUCCUGAUGAGCUUAGGCCGCCCUCCCCCGAAGAGCUUACCAGCUCUCGAAGGUCUUCGCGUACCGUCACGGAUUCGCAAGGCUCCCCACACCGUGCUAAUGGCAGGUCUAAUGGCCGGCCUCGGACACCAGUUGGCAGGCGAUCCUCUUCCCAUGCCUCUACCAUCGAUGAGCAGAAUGAGGAGGACGAGACUGAAACGCCAGCCUAUACGGAUGAGCGUGCUCAAGUCGUCACUCAGGGACGUCUCGUCCAGGGUCACAUUGUCCCUGACGACUAUCCUUCUGCGCCUGCAUCCGAGGCUGAUGGAGAUGGCAGCUACGCAGGUACCGAGGCCGAAGACCCAAUGACCAUGUCGCAUGCCUCUUCUUUCUUCGCUCCAGAACCACAUGCCCUGGGUGGGUCUGGCGACGCUGAGCCAUCCUCUGACGAGGAGGACGAAAAGUUGCAAGACCCCAAGCUCGAACAUAUGAUCACCCUGGUUGGAGAUGUCAAGGACCGACCAGUCCUGAUUGUGGACGACAUGAUUGACAAGGCCGGAUCCUGGAUUGCCGCCGCCGAGACUGUGGUCAAGAGAGGUCACGCCAAGAAGGUGUACUGCAUCGCAACCCAUGGUGUGUUUGGAGGCGACUCUUUGGAGCAAUUGCAGGCAUGCGAGUGCAUUCACCAGAUUAUUGUCACCAAUAGCUUCCCGAUCAGCGAUCGUAGGAGUAAGAACGCGAGUAAGUUGGUCAUUCUGGACUUGUCUUUUCUUCUCUCGGAAGCCAUCAGGAGAAAUCACUACGGCGAGUCGAUUUCACCAUUGUUUGCACACAUCGCCGAAGGUUAA